CUGGCGCUGACGCUGUUGGUUUCCCCGGGUGUUUGAGCCGCUCAGGCAGAGCUGCUGUGGCGCGUUGAUGGGGCUGGAGAGGAGAUUUAGACAGGGAGAGCCCCUGUAGCGCUGAGUGUUUUGCAGGCUUUUGCCUGGCCCCCGCCGGGGGGAGGGAAAUGGAAGGAGGGCUGGGGUACAGGUGAGAGCAGGGCCGUGACCUCACAGGAAGAAAUGAAUGGAGGGGGAGGACUCCGUUUAUGUUUAUAAAGUGUAACUGACUUUUAUAGGGAGAGCAAAGCAGAAGGGUCUCUGUAUAAACUAGGCGAAUACACUGACACAUCAAAUGGUCCUCUAAAAAGAGUGCUUUAAACUCACCGAUUAAAUUUCUCAAAUUAAGACUUGCUUUAUAGGAGAGCACACACCUUUUAGCAGUAGAGAUAACCACUUGUGCUGAAGGUCUAGCCGUUUAUCUUAAAUUUUAAGCUGUUGAUGAGAGCCCUUAUGUUAAAUGAUUACUCUUGUAUUUUAAGCUGAUGUUAAGUCUUGUGGAUCACAGAGGUUGAUCAUGUGCAUGAAACUAUUAAAACACUUCAGUUUAUAAUUCAUGCAAUACUUGGAGAAGUUUGGGUUCCUGGUGGAAAUACCGUAUUUUUAAUUAACAUUUUGAAAAGUGUACCAUAAGAGUUGUAACACUACACGUAAGACAUGUUUGCAUUCUGUCCUGUACAAACUAUACCUGAUCCGUGUGUGGAUUAAAUGACUGCAAAAUACAAUUUUAAUAGUAGAGAAGAGGAAUUAUAGGAUGAUGGGAGAAAUAAUGUAUCAUAUGAUUUGAAACAAGCCCAUGAGGCAUCGAGACCUAGAAGGCUGUUCAGUUGGCAAGAGAUGUAGAGCGCGUGCUCCUGCACAAAGAUAAGAUACCUGUGCGUUGGAACAGAUGUGCGUAUGGUGAAUUUGGAGGGGAUACACAGAUAUGGGCUGUACAGGAGUUGUUUUGUGGCGGACUUGAAGUAUGGUGAUAUGCCACUUGGAGCAACUGUUGAAAAGGUAAUUAAAAUAGCAAAGAUGAGCCGCGUUAAAGGUGUGGUUAUGAGAAUUUCAGUUGCUCACAUGGAAAAAAGUUUUUAAAAAAGGUGAGUCUGGGAACUUACAUUUAUAACUCUGCUAGACACUAAAAAGGAUAGAAUUCAAAGAGACUCUGGCUUUAUGAUCAGCUUGUAACACUCCCGCUCCCUAGUGAGUCAUUGUCAUGACUGCAGAGGUAUUAGUUGUCCAUUGGCUUUUAAGUCCUACAACAUGUGUGAACCCAUAUGCAUAACAGUCUGUCCCAUUUGUGUUUAGUUUGAACACUUUUAUUUCCCUCUGCAGACCCGAAGUGCAUUGUGAAGCUCAUAAACUUGUUUCUUCCAACAGAAGUCGGUCCAGUAAAAAAAAAUAUUACUUCACCCAUGUGUUACUCAUAUCCUGGGAUCAUCAUGGCUACAACAACACUGCAAACCUAAAGGGAGAUAUGAUAGAGAUGAUAUGGCAGAACUUCUCCUUGGGGAGUCCAAACUAGAACAGUUUUUGAAGGAAAAUCCUUUAAAACAAGGCUCUAGUCCCCGGGGUCCCCGGCCAAAGCUGACAGAGGUCAGGAAACAUCUUACUGCAGCACUUGACAGAGGAAACUUAAAGCCAGAAUUCUUACAAGAAGCCAACUUAAUAAUGGCCAGGUUAAACUAUGUGGAAGGCGAUUACAAAGAAGCUCUUAACACUUAUGCCAGGGUUGAAGUUGAUGACUUGCAACUUGUUGCAGUGCCGCCUUAUAGACUGAGGAUGAUUGCUGAAGCACAUUCUACCAAAGGUCUUUGUCUAGAGAAGUUGCCAAUUUCCUCUUCAACUAGCAACCUCCACACGGACCGUGAACAAGAAAUCAUUACGUGCUACGAGAAGGCUGGAGAUAUUGCCCUCCUGUACCUUCAGGAGAUAGAAAGGAUAAUAAUGACCAAUAUACAAAACAGAAGCCCCAAACCCGGGUCUACUGUGCAUGAACAGGAACUGGGAUUUUUCCUAGAAACAGGACUCCAAAGAGCACAUGUCUUGUAUUUCAAAAAUGGGAACUUGACAAGAGGAGUUGGUAGAUUUAGAGAGAUUCUAAGAGCUGUUGAAACAAGAACCACACAAAAUCUACGAAUGACAAUAGCCAGGCAGUUAGCUGAAAUUUUGUUACGAGGUAUGUCUGAACAAAGUUACUGGAAUCCAUUGGAAGACCCUCCUCACCAAUCUCCUCUUGAUGAUCCACUCCGGAAAGGAUCAAAUACUAAAAAUUACGCACUCAGUAGAAGACCCCGGGUGUACACUGGAGAAAACAUUUUUUGUCCUCAAGAAAAUACAGAAGAAGCCCUAUUGUUGUUGUUGAUUAGUGAAUCCAUGGCUAAUCGUGAUGCUGUACUGAGCAGAAUACCAGAGCACAAAAAUGAUCGCAUCAUCAGUUUGCAGAGUGCAUCUGUAGUCUAUGAUUUGCUUACAAUUGCCUUAGGGAGAAGAGGUCAAUAUGAAAUGCUAUCAGAGUGUUUAGAAAGAGCAAUGAAGUUUGCCUUUGAAGAGUUCCAUCUUUGGUAUCAGUUUGCACUGUCCCUAAUGGCAGCCGGAAAAUCUGCUCGAGCUGUGAAGGUCUUGAAGGAAUGUAUACGUUUGAAACCAGAUGAUGCAACUAUUCCACUCCUUGCUGCAAAGUUAUGCAUGGGAUCUCUUCACUGGUUGGAAGAAGCAGAAAGAUUUGCCAAAACAGUUGUUGAAGUUGGGGACAAAACAUCAGAGUUCAAAGCAAAAGGCUAUUUAGCACUGGGACUAACUUACAGCCUGCAAGCCACGGAUGCAUCUUUGCGAGGGAUACAAGAGGUCCUGCAGAGAAAGGCUCUUCUUGCAUUUCAGAGGGCCCACAGUUUGUCUCCAACAGAUCAUCUUGCAGCAUUUUACCUGGCACUGCAACUUGCCAUUUCUAGACAGAUACCAGAAGCUUUGGGUUAUGUUCGUCAGGCUCUUCAGCUUCAAGGAGAUGAUGCCAACUCUUUGCAUCUUCUUGCACUCUUGCUGUCAGCCCAGAAACACUAUCAUGAUGCUUUGAAUAUAAUUGACAUGGCCUUGAGUGAAUAUCCGGAAAACUUUAUAUUACUGUUUUCAAAAGCCAAAUUGGAAUCCCUGUGCAGAGGCCCAGAUGAAGCACUCCUUACCUGCAAACAUAUGCUACAGAUUUGGAAGUCCUGUUACAAUCUCACUAACCCCAGUGAUUCUGGACGCGGGAGCAGUCUGUUAGACAGAGCCAUUGCAGACAGACGACAACUCACUACAAUUACCUUACCUGACUUCAGUGACCCUGAAACAGGUUCAGUCCAUGCAACGUCAAUAGCAGCCUCCAGAGUGGAACAGGCACUGUCUGAGGUUGCUUCUUCUUUGCAGAGCAGUGCUCCUAAGCAAGGUCCUCUGCAUCCUUGGAUGACUCUGGCUCAAAUCUGGCUUCAUGCAGCUGAAGUCUACAUAGGAAUUGGGAAGCCUGCUGAAGCCACAGCAUGUAUCCAGGAAGCAGCUAAUCUCUUUCCAAUGUCACAUAAUGUCCUCUACAUGAGAGGUCAAGUGGCUGAACUUCGAGGAAAUAUUGAUGAAGCCAAACGCUGGUAUGAAGAGGCCUUAUCUAUCAGUCCUACCCAUGUAAAAAGCAUGCAGAGACUGGCUCUAAUACUUCACCAAUUAGGGCGCUAUAGUUUGGCUGAGAAGAUUCUCAGAGAUGCUGUCCAAGUGAACUCUACAGCUCAUGAGGUUUGGAAUGGUCUUGGGGAGGUUCUGCAAGCUCAAGGCAAUGAUGAUGCAGCAACAGAGUGCUUCCUGACAGCAUUAGAGCUUGAAGCCAGCAGCCCAAUUGUCCCUUUUACUAUCAUUCCACGAAUUCUCUGAGAUGAUGCCUUGAUCACAGAGCUCAUCAUGUUUCAGGUUUUGGAUUUGAGGGUGAGGAAACAACACCCAGGUAUCUCUGACAAUGCAGCUUGUUUUCAAAAGUGACAGAAAGUACCACAAAAUUUAUUAUCAGAGGAGCCUGACAAAGAAAUGAAGUGAUACAAUAUUUUAAUGGUUAGUAAAGAAAACAUGACUAGCCAAAAACAAAUCACCACUCAUACAUCACCUACAUUUUUUUUCCAAUGGUAGUUAUGAAACCUGAUUAUAUUGUUCUAAUGAAUAAUGUGCCAUAUUUCAUUAGGUAACAUCUUAGUGUUAUGUAAAAAUUAUAAUGGAACCUACCAUCAGAUGUAGAGUAAUAUAUUUGAAUUAAAAUUCAGUGGCAGAGCAGCCUAUUUUUAACAAGACUGUCAUGAAAACUGUUCUGUCACCUCCUCCAUCUCAACCCCUCUUGGCCUAAAGUCAAACUGUGAAUUUUCUGUUUUCCAUCUCUAUACUAGUCCAGGCCAGAAAAUCAGUUGAAGAGUUCUUGGUUUUGGUUGUUAAUAACUGUGAUGUGUGGCUAAUUGUUAUCUUUACUUAGAACAAAGGCUGAGUACAAGAAUAUUUAUAUUUUACCAAUGUAUGCCUGUUACAAACAAAGAAAAUAUUCGUUAUUUAAGUGUAACUUUUUUAUGUGAAUUCAGAGUUUAUUUAUCGAUGGAAAUAUGUAAAAAGAAGCUUCAAAUGGAAUAUUUACUGACAUUCCUUAUGCAUAUUACCCACACUUGGAAGAUUAUGUUAAUAAUAAAAAGAUUUUUAAAUGCUUCCCUCCCCCCCAAUGACUGUUCUGUUUGAAAGAGCAAUGAAAGGAAGUGAACUGUUAAGCAGCUCGUUUGGCUUGUGGAAAGCCAUUUGACUUUGAGAUCAUCUUUAGCUCUGCAUACGUGCAGUGAGGUCAAGGGGAAAAG